AUGAAAUGGGAAACCAUAAUUUCAAAUUACCCGUGUAUUCGAGAUCCCUACAGCGAGCGAUGGCUAAAGCGCGAAUUGUCAAGCACAUUGAAGAACUUGAAGGAUCCGUUUAGGCCAGGGGUUAAGGAAACGGUGGAGAUUUGUUUAGCAGUCGGGAUUACUGUGCGUAUGGUUACGGGUGAUAAUAUUAACACAGCUCGAGUCAUUGCCAAGGAAUGCGGUAUACUGACUGAAGGUGGGUUAGCCAUUGAAGGGCCAGUGUUUCGAGCUAAAUCAGAUGUAGAAAAGCGUGAACUAGCACUGAGAAUUCAGGUAAUGGCUAGAUCAUCACCAACAGACAAGUUAAAGCUUGUAGAGCAUUUGAGGGGUCUGUCUGAAGUUGUUGCAGUCACAGGUGAUGGGACAAAUGAUGCUCCAGCUUUAUAUGAAUCAGAUAUCGGAUUCGCCAUGGGUAUAGCAGGAACAGAGGUUGGUUUGGUUGCAAAAGAACAAGCUGAUGUAAUCGUGUUGAACGAUGAUUUUGCAACAAUCGUAAAAGUAGCAAAAUGGGGACGUGCAGUUUACAUAAACAUUCAGAAGUUUGUUCAGUUUCAGUUAACUGUCAACAUCGUUGCUCUAAUGAUUAAUUUUGUUUCAGCCUGCAUUACAGGGUCUGCACCCCUUACUGCUGUGCAGUUGCUAUGGGUGAAUCUAAUCAUGGACACUUUAGUAUUUACCAAAUGGCUGUCCUUUUCGUCUUUGAAUUUCGCCGGAAAAUCCAUUCUCAAUUUGGACUCAACUGAAAUCCUCAUUACUUUCAUCUUCAACACCUUUGUCUUCUGUCAGGUCUUUAAUGAAGUAAACAGUCGGGACAUUCACAAGAUAAACGUGUUUCAUGGCAUGUUGAGCAGUUGGAUAUUCGUUGGUGUCAUGGUGUCUACUGUUGUUUUUCAAGUUAUUAUUGUGGAGUUCCUUGGCACUUUUGCAAGCACUGUGCCACUAGACUGGGAACUCUGGGCACUUAGCAUUGCAAUUGAGUUAGGGCUAAUAAUCCUGGUAGGCCUAUUCCUUCUAUCAAGGCAAUGUCUAUGAUGGGCCUGUAAGACAUGACUUAUUGGAUAUCAUGGCUUAGAUGGGAGGGAAUCAUCACC